UUCAGCUUUUGUUUUGAACGAAUUCCCUGGCAGAUGAUUUUGGAAGUGUCUGGUUACUUCGGGAAAGCUUUGGGAAGAACAAUAAUUUUAUUUACUUUUGCUUCCAGAUAAAGAAAAUGCCUUUGUUGCGCGGAGGGACCACGGAGACGAAGGACGCCACUGAUGAAGUGCAGAAAAUCUGUGAUGAGAUGAAGCCUCAUGCGGAGGAAAAAGCCGGAAAAACGUUUGACGUCUUCACUGCUAAAUCCUACAAGACACAGGUGGUAGCUGGGACAAACUAUUUCAUCAAGGUCCACGUGGGUGGCGAGGACUUUGUUCACCUGCGGGUCUAUAAGAUGCUGCCUUGCGCUGGAGAAAAACUGGAACUUACUGGAAUACAGACACCCAAAGCCCAUCAUGACCCCAUCGAAUACUUCGAACAUAUGUUCCAUUGAGAAAGAAACACCAUAGAAACUACAGUAACGCUUACAAACAGGGACUGUAUUUGUUGCUAAUUAUGACAUCUUUAUUCUAUCUUAAUUCCUGAACUGACAAGAAAUGAGCUGCUUCUUCAGUUAAUAAAAAUGCAGUGGUAAAUAUCAGCCAAAAUUGCCUCAUAAAGACAAAAUUGUGACAAUACUACCCACGCUGCCUUUUGUACUUUAAUUGGUCAUAACAUUUAACUGCAAAGUUCAAUAAGCAUAGAUUCUUUCGUUGUAAAGUAUGAAAUAUGGCAACUUAAAAAAGCUAACAAAAUACACGUAUACUAUUAGGAUACAGCAUGGAAGUAGGAACCAAAUUUCGUGGAACUAUUUUCCAGAGUUUGAUUUUCAGUGUUCUAACAAUCUGACACUUUGGACAUGCCAAUCAGCCUACCAUGCAUGUCUUUGGACGGAGGGAAGAAACCGGAGUACCCGGAGGAAACCCCUGGUGAGAACAUGCAAACUCCACACACACAGGGCAGCUGCAGGAAUCGAACCCCCGACCCUGGAGGUGUGAGGCGAACGUGCUGAUUCUGAUUGAUGUGUAACGUAUUAAAGUGUAAUUCAUUUAUCAAUUUGUAAAUGAUCAAUGUAUCCCUUUGUCACCCCCCUGACAAUUUUUACAAUUGAGGUUGUGUUGUACUAAUCAUAUGUUAUGCUAUGUUAAGUUUUUGAAUUAUUCAAUUAAAAAAAGAGAGUAUGGAACUGCUGGCUCAAAUUUAGCCUAUUACCCAAAAACACUUAAAAUUCAACAUACAAGCAAUUACUCACAUCUCCGAACCCAGUUGGAGAUAGAAAAAAAAGACACCAGCCGUGAGUGAAAAGAAGCAAGGGUCCAGAUUUAUUGGUUCCGUUCCACCACACGAGAUCCACACCGAUGAGAAUUCUCAGAAGUGAUCUGACACCCGGAGCUCAAGCUCCAGUAUUUAUACUGUAUUUACACAGUAGAUAACCAAUAUAUUUCAGAAAGACUAUGAUAUCAAUACCAAUAGGGUUAAAAAAAGAGCUCAUCUACAUUACCAUUAUGUUUUGAAAAAGGCCUUUCCAAUUUACCAUUAUGUUUUGAAAAAGGACUUUCCAAUUUACCAUUAGGUUCGAAAGUGGAGAGAGACAAAACAAUUUAGAAAGACCUUGCUCUCACUAUUAUCUCGCGGGGGCAGCUUGACUCAGCUACCCUUAUAAAUGGCUCCUCAUGGUUUUCUCUUAAAAUUAAGGCCUUCCCUGCGAGACAAGAAUCUUCACCACCUGAAUUAUGAGUAAGUUACAUUUUUCUGUAUUUCUGGUUUAUAUUUUAUUUUCAUAUUUGCUCUAUAUCUCUAUUUUAUAUAUAGUUAUACUGCUUGGUUUACUGUACUUCCUACUUCAUAAUAUCAUUAUAUUACCCUUCUACUAUCCUACAUAUCCUACUACUGUUUAUAAAGAGUAUUUUAUAAAGAGUAUAUAUUUUAUUAUUAUAAGAUAUUACCCUUAUAAUAUCUUAAUACUCCUUUUUACUAUUCUUAUAAAGUUAUAAUGUUAUGUGUGUGUGAGAGAGAGAGACAGAGAGUGUGUGUGUGUGUGUGUGUUAUGUCCACAUGCCCGUCCUUGACUAUACGAGAGUGUGUGUGUAUGUGUUUGCACUCCUCAGCUCUUAUACUUCUAUUUGACUUUUUGACUAAUAAACCAUAGUGUGUUACUCUUAAAAGAUCUUAAAGUGUGAAUCCAAUUCGUCAAUAUCCGCCUAAUACCGCUUCUGUGUGUCUAGGUGCCCGUCUGGAUCUGGAUCUGGACACUCUCUAUCAGCUCGCGCUUCUCACCGCUGACACCAAAGUGCUACUCAACGUUCCUCGCAGCACCCCCUCUGGAAAUGGAAAUGCGGGGUCCCCCCCCCCGAUACAGAAUCCACCCCGUGAAUGUGUGUAUUGACGCCUCUACACAGACAGAACCUCCUCUGAUCUGGGCUCUGACCAUUCUUCCCUCUUCUCACCUGUCAGUCCACUCUACUCUCAGUGGUCUUCUUAUUUCACCUUUGCUGACUAACCCAUGUCCCCAGGACACACCCCAUUUUCUUCCCCCUACCGCUCUCCUCAAGAUUACACACCCACCAGUCCUGUGAAUUAUCAAUAAAAUGACAUAUUACUCAUACUAGGUCUCCCUCAUGUUUAUUUUAUGUCAUUUUUAUCCACAACAGAACAUAAUAUGGAAAAAAGGAAAAGAGAACGUCUAACACAGAUGAAACAGAUAGCGAGCAAAGUGUUAGUGUAGCAACAAAACAGGAAGAGGAACUCAAAGUGA